GUAACGUGGUUUUUUUCUCUCCUUAUAGGGAGUAUUUGGUAUUUUUCAAAGCAAGGAUUGGUUUUACUCUCAUCAGUCAUCACCUAAUUCGUGUUACAAAUCUUAGUGUGUCAACAGUGGUUUUGGCAACUUCAUUUCCAAAGUGAUAUCAAUGCUUUGAACUGAUUGGAGCGAAGGAAGGAUUCUGUAGGCUUUUCUUUCGUCUCACCGUUUUCAUCAAAGCUUCUUUCUUUCUCUCUUUUGCGUUCUUCGGAGUUUCUGGUUGUUUUUGGUGCCUUCAUACUGGUCAGGCUAUAUAAGCAUUUUUGCAGGAGGCAUACCCUAUCAUCCAGAGCAAAACCUUCUGGUUGCCUCAUGUAAAUGGUUUCCUCCAAGUCUCCAUGUAAGAAGGCUGUCUUGACAUCCAAUUGUUCCAGGUGUAGCUUGAACUGGUUGGCAAUUGACAUCAAAAUUCUGACAGAGCAAUGCUUUACCACAGAAGAAGAUGUAAUUGAGAUGUAGCAUGGGUUCUCUAAUUGUUGUGUGUCAUCUGUUCCUGACGUCACCUCGUUUAAAGGCAUGGCUAAAGGAUCAAUGGAUUCAUCUCAAGUCAUACGAGGCAAGAGUUCGUGAACUAGAAUGUGUUGUUCAGAAGCUCAAGAAAAAGAGAGAUGUAAUUCAACAUACAAUUGACGAGGAAGAACAUCGACGUGGGAGAGAAAUUCAUGUUGAAGUUGAAGAGUGGAAAGACAGGGUGGAUAAGCUUUUUUUCAAAUACGAGGAUUUCAAGAAUGACAGAUACCGUGAACUUGCAGAGUUUAACUUGUUACAGAGUGGUUACCUUCCCAAGCCAGGGAUAAGGUAUGGUCGGAGCAGAGAAGCAUAUGCCAUUAUAAGGGAGGCCAAUGGGUUGUUGCAAACGGCAAAGUUUGACACCUUGUCUUAUUGGCCUGGUCCACCUUCAAUGGCAGCCUUUUUUUCUAACGUUGGCUAUGAAAGCUAUCCAUCGAGAGAAGAAACAAUGAGAAAGAUUAUCGAAGAAUUGGAAGACCCAAGUGUUAGAAUGAUUGGUCUUCAUGGAUUGAGUGGCGUGGGAAAGACCACCUUAGUCAAAGAAGUUGUUAAGAAAGCCUUAAAAGAUAAGAUGUUUGACGUAGUGACCAUGGCAAGCCUAACAAAAAAUCCUGACAUAAGAAAAAUCCAAGGACAAAUUGCCGACACGUUGGGGGUUACAUUGGACGAGGAAAGUGACAUUGCCAGAGCUGCUAGAAUACAAAAGAUAUUAAAGAAUGAUAAGAAGAACACCCUUGUAAUCCUAGAUGAUCUUUGGGACAAAAUGGACUUGAAUAUGCUGGGGAUUCCAUAUGAAAUAGAUAAUGGCAGUAGCCAAAGGAAUGUUACAGAAGGAAAAUCCUUUGGCACUGAUGGCUUUAAGAAUUCCAAAGAAGGAAAAGCCCUUAAUGAUCUUAGUGCGACAAGGGUGAAAAAAGAAGAAACUUUUAGUCAGUACAAGGGAUGCAAAAUUUUGAUGAUUUCUGAAAGCAAACAAGCAUUAUUAAGACAAAUGGAAGGGAAAGCAAACUGUAUUUUGUCUUUGGAAGUCUUAAAGGAGAAGGAGGCACAUAUGCUGUUCAAGAAAAAGGCUGGAAUAGGUGACAAGAAUUCUGAAUUUGAAAAUUUAGCAGCUCAAAUUGCCAAUAAGUGUAACGGGUUGCCAAUGUCAAUAGUUACAACUGCAAGGGCCUUAAAAAAUCAGAGCCGCUCCGUAUGGGAGGAUAUUCAUCGAAAGCUUGAAUGGCAGAAUUUAACUGGAGCACCUGAAUUGUCAACAAAGUUGAGUUAUGAUCUUUUAGAAGAUGAGGAACUCAAGUAUACUUUCUUACUUUGUGCUCGCAUGGGUCGUGAUGCAUUAUUUAUGGACUUGGUGAAAUAUUGCAUUGGUUUGGGUUUUCUUCAAGGGAUCUACACAGUAAGGGAAACUAGAGACAGAGUAUAUGCAUUGGUUGCAAAGCUAAAAGAGUCAGGUUUGCUGUCUGACGGUUAUUCAUGUGAUCAUUUUACCAUGCAAGAUACUGUUCGCAAUGCGGCUUUGUCAAUAGCAUACAAGGAAAACCAUUUAUUUACAAUGUCAAAGGGAAAAAUAGAUGAACGGCCUGAUAAACUUGAAAGGUAUGCUGCUAUUUCCUUACAUUAUUGUGACUUCAUUGAGGGUUUUCUUAAGAAAAGAAACUAUGGAAGACUUAGAGUCUUCCACGUUAACAAUAAUAAUCCAAAUCUCGAAAUACCCAGAAACUUUUUUAAAGGAAUGAAAGAACUCAAGGUGUUGAUAUUGACUGGCAUUCAUCUGUCCCUCUCGAAGUUGUCGAUUUCAUCCUUGACAGAACUUAGAAUGCUUUGUUUGGAGCAAUGUGUGCUAGAUGAGGAUUUGUCCAUCAUAGGCAAGCUGAAAAAGUUAAGAAUUUUGAGUUUUUCAGGAUCUGAUAUUGAAAAUUUGCCAGUUGAAUUGCAACAGUUAGAAAAGCUACAAAUUUUUGACAUAAGUAAUUGCUCUAAACUUAAAGAAAUUCCAUCUGGUGUCAUAUCAAGCUUGGUAAGUUUGGAGGAUCUGUAUAUGAGAAACACCUUGAUUCAAUGGGAGGUUGAAGGACAAGCACAUGAAAGUAAAAAAGCUAGUCUUUCUGAGUUGAAACAUUUGAAUCAAUUGAUAACUCUAGACAUACAAAUCCCAGAUGUUUCAUAUUUGCCGAAGAACUUGUUCUUUGACCAGUUAUAUAGUUACAAGAUUGUUAUUGGAGAUUUGGCUGCAUAUUUAGAGGCUGAUUUCAAGAUGCCAGAGAAGUAUGAAACAUCAAGAUUCUUGGCAAUUCGAUUGAAAGGUGAAAAUGACAAUAUUCAUUCUCUAAAGGGGAUCAAAAUGCUGUUUGAAAGAGUUGAAAAUUUGUUUCUGGAAGAACUCAAUGCUGUCCAAGAUAUUUUUUAUAGAUUGAAUUUAAAGGGAUUUCCAUAUCUAAAGCAUUUGUCGAUUGUAAAUAAUUCUACAAUUGAAUCUCUCAUUCAUCCAAAGGACAGAGAACAGUCACAGCACCCUGAAAAAGCUUUUCCUAAAUUGGAGUCAUUGUGUCUCAAUAAUCUCAAAAAGAUUGUUAAUAUAUGCUCCUGUAAACUUUCAGAACCCUCCUUUGGUAAACUGAAAGUCAUCAAGAUCAAUCUCUGUGGUCAAUUGAAGAGUGUCUUCUUAAUUUCUGUGGUUAGCCUUUUAUCUGUUCUUGAAACAAUUGAAGUUUUAGAAUGUAACUCUUUGAAGGAGAUUGUCCAGGUGGAAACGCAAAGCACUGGUGAAGUCAAGCUUAUGUUUCCUGAAUUACGCUCUUUGAAGCUACAGUUUUUAUCUCAAUUUGUUGGAUUUUAUCCCAUUCCAUCGAGAAAGCAAAAAGAACUCUUCAACGAAAAGAUUGAUGUUUCAAAAUUAGAGAGAAUGGAGUUGUCCUCAAUCCCGAUUGACAUAAUAUGGAGUGUCCACCAAUCUUCACGAAUUUCCUCUUUCAAAAAUUUGACACAUUUGGAUGUUAAUAGUUGUUGGGAAUUAAAAGAUGUAAUAUCAUUUUCAAUGGCCAAGAGUCUAACAAAUCUUCAAAGCCUUUUUGUAAGUGAAUGUGGGAAAGUGAGAAGCAUCUUUCCCGAUUGCCCGCAAAUGGAGGGUAGCUUCUUUCCAAAAUUGAAGACUAUCAAACUUAGUAGCAUGAAGAGUUUGAAUAAGAUUUGGAAUUCGGAACCCCCAUCAGAUUCCUUUAUCAAACUGGACACGCUAAUCAUUGAGGAGUGUGAUAAAUUAGUCACUGUUUUUCCCUUUUACAUUGAGGGAAUAUUUCACAAUCUAUGCAAUUUGAGAGUUACAAAUUGCAGGUCCAUGCAAGCAAUAUUUGAUAUACAUGUAAAAGUUGGGGAUGUAGCUAAUUUGCAAGAUGUUCAUUUGGAAAGACUCCCAAAAUUGGAGCAUGUAUGGAAGUUGAAUGAAGACCGAGUAGGAAUUCUUAAAUGGAACAAUCUGCAAAAGAUAUGUGUUGUAAACUGUUACAGCUUGAAAAAUAUUUUUCCAUUCUCUGUAGCCAAUUGUCUUGAUAAUCUUGAAUACCUUGAGGUGGGUCAAUGCUUUGAAUUGAGGGAAAUUGUGGCCAUAAGUGAAGCUGCCAACACUGAUAAAGUAUCAUUUCACUUCCCUAAACUAAGCACCAUCAAAUUUUCAAGACUACCAAAACUUGAAGAACCAGGAGCUUAUGAUUUAUCAUGUCCAAUGUUGAAUGACCUAUCUAUUGAAUUUUGCGACAAGCUGAAACCAUUCCACAAAAAUGCACAAAGAAAGCCUCUCUUUCCUGAAGAGGUAAUCAAUAAGUUGAAGUCCAUGCAAAUUGAGUCUCAGCAUGCAAACUCACCAAGCAGUUAUAUGGAGAAAUCGAACCAUCGAAGGCAUAACUUAGAAGAGCUUUGCUUAUCUAGAUUAACGGAUACUGAGACUUUAUAUUCUUUCCUUCAUAGAAAUCCUAAUCUGAAAAGCCUAUCAUUGAGUAAUUGUUUCUUUGAAGAGAUAUCGCCUCCUACUGAGAUUGAAAACUUGGGAGUUGUUCCAAAGCUGAAAAGCUUGAAGUUGAUAAACUUGCCUCAGCUCAAAGAGAUAGGCUUCGAACCAGACAUAAUUCUUAAAAGGGUAGAGUUCUUGAUUUUAAAGAAUUGUCCUAGAAUGACCACUUUAGUGCCUUCCUCUGCAUCUCUCAGUAGUUUGACGAACCUGGAAGUGGUUAAUUGUGCUAAAUUAGAAUAUCUAAUGUCACCAUCUACUGCAAAAAGCUUGGGUCAACUCAACACCAUGAAGGUAAUGAAAUGUGAAUCUCUGGUGGAAAUAGUAGGAAAAGAAGAAGAUGGAGAAAAUGCUGGCAAAGUUGUUUUCAAAAAAUUGAAGACCCUGGAACUUGUUUCACUGAAGAAACUCAGGAGUUUUUGUGGCUCUGAUAGUUGUGACUUUGAGUUCCCGUCUUUGGAAAAAACAGUAGUGAGUGCAUGUUAUAAUAUGGAAAAAUUUUCUGAGAAAGUCACGAGCAGCAGCACGCCCAUUUUACAAAGUAUAUAUGUCGUACAUGAAAAAGAGAAGAAAAGAUGCUGCUGGAAAGGUGAUUUAAACGCUACAAUAAAAACAAUAUUCGAGGAAAAGAAAUUUUUUGAAGGCAUGGACAAUAUGAGUUUUUCAGAACAUCCUGAGCUACAACAAGCCUGGCAAGAUGGUCAAGUUAAUCUGCAAUACAGUUGGUUUUGUAGUUUGAAAAUUUUGAAGCUGAAUAAAUGUAAAAUUCAACCAUGUGCAAUUCCAUCUAAUAUUCUUCCUUAUUUAAAGAGCUUAAAAGAACUGGAAGUGGGAGAUUGCAAAAAUGUAGAGGUAAUUUUUGAGAUGGAUGUCACAGAGGAUGCUGGAACAACAUUCCAAUUGCAGAAUUUGUCUUUAGAAAGGCUACCAAAACUUAUGCAGGCGUGGAAAGGGAAUGGUAGAGGAACUCAUAGCUUUCAAAAUUUGCAAGAAGUGUUUGUUAUAGGCUGUCAAAGGCUGCAAAAUGUGUUUCCCGCUGCCGUGGCCAAAAAUCUUAAGAAGCUUCACUCACUUUUCAUUAUAUCUUGUCAGAGGUUGGAAGAAAUUGUUAAAAAGGAAGAAGACGCAGAAGCAGAAGCAGCAGCAGAGUUUGUGUUCCCUUGUUUAACUACACUGCAUCUUUCUAACCUACCGGAACUCAUUUGCUUUUACCCUGAACCAUUCACUCUGGGAUGCCCUGUGUUAGAUAAAUUACAUGUGCUAGAUUGCCCAAAGUUGGAGCUAUUUGAAAGUGCUAACAGACAACCUGUUUUCUCGGAUCUAAAGGUCAUUUCCAACCUUGAGGGAUUGGCACUCGAAUGGAAACACAGUUCGGUGUUAAAUUCAAAGUUAGAAUCUGGUGACUACCCCAACCUCCUCGAGUAUUUAAUUGGGAUUAGACUGUACUUUGAUGUUGAUGAUGGUGGGAGCCCUAUUUUUCCCAUUCAAAUACUGCAGAAGGCAUCCCCCAAUUUAAAAGCAAUGGCUAUAGAUUCUUGCCGUUCCCUUGAGGUAUUCCGCACUCAAAUCCCUAAAAUUAAUAAAAACAUGAUGCUUACACAGUUGUUUCUCGACGAUGUAUGGAAGCUCAGGUCUAUUGGGUCAGGGGAAGCGCAGUGGUUAGACGAGAUUUGUGAGGAGCUCAACGAAUUAUAUGUUAGUGGUUGUCCUCAUUUUACAGCAUUGCUGCAUUCUCCUUCUUCAGUAUCUUUCUCCAAUUUGAAAGAAUUGUUAAUAUUCAACUGUCAAAGACUGAAGUAUUUAUUCACAUCCUCGGCAGCAAAAAAGUUAAGUCAUCUUGAGGUGAUCGACGUCUAUGAUUGUAAAUCAAUAAAAGAAAUAGUGGCAAAAGAGGAAGAUGAAACAGCUUUAGGAGAUGUCAUAUUAAAGCAGCUACACCGCAUAUCUCUAGAAGACUUAUCAAGCUUAGAAUGUUUUUAUUCGGGCAAUCAAACUUUGCAGUUACCCUCGCUGAUAAAAGUGCACAUAGACAAGUGCCCCAAGAUGGAAAUUUUCUCUCAAGGAUCGAUAGGUCCAAAUUCUUGUAGGGAAAUUGCAACUUGGGUCUACCCAAAUAAUAGAAGGGUCGUCUUCCACGAUGAACUUAACUCUUCUGUCAAAAAGGUGUUUCUACAUCAGAAUCAUAUAGUUUUCGGGGAUUCUCAUAUGUUGCAAGAGAUAAGGAAUUCAGAAACACUCCCAGAUUGGAAUUUCCGCAAUUUAACUUCCAUGGUCGUGGAAGGGUGUGGAUUUUUAACAGAUGGAAUACUACCUUCCCAUUUACUUCAUUUUCUCAGUAACUUAAAAAAGUUGCAAGUGCGGAAAUGUAAUUCUCUAAAGGCAAUAUUUAGUAUGGGACCUCAAGGAAGUCUCAGCCAUCUGGAACAACUUCAAGUGGAAAACUGUGAUGAGUUAGUGGCAAUUGUUGCAAAUGAUGAAGCAGACAAUGAAGAAGCAAAUAAAGAGAUUGUUAUAUUCUCCAGCAUAACGUCGUUGAGGCUAUCGGAUUUGCCAAAACUAAGCUGCAUUUAUCCUGGAAUGCAUAGUCUAGAAUGGCGUAUGCUAAAAGAAUUACAUGUCAAACAUUGCCAAAAGCUGAAGUUUUUUGCAUCAGAAUUUCAAAAUUCUCCAGAUUUAAAUCCAGAUGGUGAAGAUAGAUUUUCAACAGACCAGCAAGCUAUUGUCUCACUUGAAAAGGUUACUCCCUGCUUGGAGGUAAUGUCGCUGGGUAAGGAAGAAGCCAUGAUGAUUGAGCAAGGAAAACUUGAUAUUGACCUCCCGAAAUUAAACUCCCUCAAAUUGCAGGGCUUUCAGGCUAAACAGGGGGACAUAUUUCCAUUUGUUUUUGGUUUAAAGGUGUCAGUGUCACUACCCACUAUUGAAAAACUUGUGUUGCUCGAUAGUUCCUUUAAAGAGAUAUUCCCCUGUGAAAAACCCAGUAAUGGCAUAGAUUAUGAUAAAAUCCUUUCACAGCUUAAAAGAUUGAAGCUUCUGAGUCUGCCUGAACUUAAAUCCAUAGGAUUAGAGCACUCCUGGAUAAGCCCCUUCAUACAAAAUUUAAAAACCUUACUGGUUAGGGAGUGCCAUGAUUUGGCAAACUUGACACCAUCCACUGUCUCUUUCUCUAAUCUGAUAAAGCUUAUUGUAAAGGAUUGUGAUGGGUUGAAGUACUUGUUCACAUUUUCAACUGCCAAAACAUUGGUUGUACUGAAGGAAAUUUACAUAACCAAAUGCAAAUCACUAAAAACAAUAGUGGCUAAGGACGGAGAAGAAGGAGGCGAUGAUGAAGAUAAUGAUGUGGAGGAGGAGGGCCAAGGUGAAGGAAAUGAAGACGAAGAUGAAGAUGAAGACGAAGAUGAAGAUGAAGAUGAAGAAGAAGCUAAUGCUAAAGGUGAUGGAAAUGAAGAUGAAAACAAAGGUAAUAACGAUGAAGAUGGAAAUCAAGGUGAAGAUAAUAUUACAUUCAAGAAGCUUGAGAGAUUGACUCUUAGCUCAUUACCAAAACUUAAAAGCUUCUACACAGGGAGUUCCUCUUUGAAUUUUCCAUGCUUGAAAGUAAUGUCGUUCAGCAAACCUUGCAGAACGAAUCUUUUCCGUAAUUUUAAAGAACCAGAACAAUUGAGAGUGAAAAUAGAUGGAAUCUACUCUAAACGUGAUAUAAAGUCUGUGAUAACGAAACAAGAUGAAGCAGAGGCAUCCUGAGUUAGUAUGAUGACAUAUUCCCUUGAUCACUUGAAAUUGUUGUCUGGUGCAAGAAGCUUAUUGUCAUUGCGUUCGCUCGUGUUACCCUUGAAAACAGGUUGUCUUCUUCUGAUGCAACCAGAGUAAAAAACAUGCAAUCCUAGGAAAAUGGAAGAUUGCAAUACGAGGAUAGGUGGAUCGAUAGCAUCAUGGCAACAGUUAUUAAUAAAUCAAGGGCUUUUGUUUUAUAUGAAGUGUGGUGUUCUUGAAUAAAGAUUACCUGUGUGCAAGCAGGAAUUGUAGGUGGUUCUUAAGUUCACAAUGGUGUUUUCUGAAUAAAAUGUCUUGUGUAUUUAUGCAAGACCAGAUGCGUGCAUGGUUUUCAAGUAUACAAGAAGGGUGUUUCGUAAAUAAAUUUGGUUUGUAUCUUUAUAGGAGGUUUGCAUUGUUUUCAUGACUUUCUAUGAAUUAAGUUGACAUGGAUGUAUUUUAGGAGAAUGAUGCUCCGUGAAUAAUAUUGAGCUGUAUUUAUACAGGUGUGUAAUAUGGUUUAAGUUGUAAACCGAUUGCUUUGUCAAGAAAAUUGACCAGAAAAAUUUUUGAUGGAGGUACCAAUGAUUUGUAAACUACAAAAACUGUAAAUGUGCUUCAUAGAUGAAUUUUAAUUGUA